UUCAUUUAUGAGCGAAGCCAGCCAGCUGUUUCGUCCACAGCCGUUAGCUUCAGCUAGCCUGGGUUAGCUUUGUUAUAGAGCGUGCUGUGCUUGAACAAACGGAACUUCUGCGUCACAGCCCGCCUUUCCAGGACCUAUUUAAUCAACAGACCGUUAAACACGAGUGGGUCUGUCUCCUCGUAGCUUUUGAAAGUAGCCUUUCACCUUUUGUGAUGUCUUUCCCUCAUUGUGUUGGAGUUUAUAGUAAGCGGGAUACACCCGAACAUGAAAAAACCACAGUGUAACGGAAGCGCUAAGAGUGGACAUUAACCAGGAAGCUCACGAGUCGUAAUGACCACAUGUGAAACAUGAUGCGAGAGAUAGCAGCAGUGGUUUUCUUUCUUAAGAGACUCGUGAAGAAAGGGGAGAAGCUGGAAUCUGACAAGAUUGAGCUGUUUAUUGAGAGGCUGGCUGUUGCACUACAGGAGAAGUUUAAGGGUCACUGGUACCCUGAAAGCCCCAGCAAAGGCCAGGCAUACAGGUGCAUCCGAAUAAACAGAUUCCAUAGGCAGGAUCCGGAUCUCCUUCGGGCUUGCCGGGAGAGCGGGAUAAAAUAUAGUGACCUGGGACUUCCUCGUGAGCUCACACUGUGGGUGGAUCCUGGAGAAGUUUGUUGCAGGUAUGGAGAGCAAAAUCCUUGCUUCUCAGUCGCCACUUUCAGGAGUGAUGAUGAGGAUGAUAAAGAUGUUGCAAAGAAGGUGACUAGCGCUCUGGAGAGAGUGACAUCAGACUACCAUUCGGGUUCUUCUUCUGACGAGGAAAGCACCCAUAGUUCUCCCCUCACUGUCUCCAACAGCCGCUGGACCCACCAGACCAUGAAUCCUGGAGCUCCUUCUUGGCACCCCAAAAAGAUGGUGCCAGGUAAGGGUCACAUCCUUCCACGGCCUCACUACGGCUACAGGCCUCACAGCAGAGCCUCCCACACGUUGAGGAGUAACGUUUGGAUCCCUCCUGUCUACAGAGCGGGCCCCGAAUACUGGGACACGCACCAAAACGUGGCACAUAGUUACAGUUAGGGACCAUGGUGCUUGUUGUUCACACUGGACAUUAAACCUAGAAAAAACUUUGACUGAGAUUUUUUUUUUUUAAACAUGAAUUUUUAUAACACAAGUAUUGUUUUUCAGUCUUUUUGCACUUUAGAUGUUUUUGUUACAGUUGGAAUAACUUGUAUGAAAUUAGGCAAUAAAAUUGGAAUACUACAUGUGUAAUUUUGUGAAUUACUGUAUUUUUACUACAGGAGACGUUCAUGUAUGCAGCUUAAUGUCCUUUGUGAUGAAAUGUUUUAUUUAUUAAGCAAAGAUUUUCAUAUGUAUAGGCUUAAUGUUAUAAACUUUUAUUAAACAUUUCCAAGCAUCA